GUGUCCCUACCGCCAUGGCCACACACCGCCUAGUAAUGGUUCGCCAUGGUGAGAGCUUAUGGAACCAAGAGAACCGUUUCUGUGGCUGGUUUGAUGCAGAACUGAGUGAGAAGGGGGCUGAAGAGGCCAAGCGGGGGGCCAGUGCCAUCAAAGAUGCCAAAAUGGAGUUUGACAUCUGCUACACAUCGGUGCUGAAGCGAGCUAUUCGCACCCUUUGGACCAUCCUGGAUGGUACGGACCAAAUGUGGCUGCCUGUGGUGCGUAGCUGGCGCCUCAAUGAGAGGCACUAUGGGGGCCUCACAGGCCUCAAUAAGGCUGAGACAGCUGCAAAGCACGGGGAGGAGCAGGUGAAGAUCUGGAGGCGCUCCUUUGACACCCCGCCACCCCCCAUGGACGAGAAACACCCCUACUACACUUCCAUCAGCAAGGACCGGCGUUAUGCAGACUUGAAGUCUGGGGAGCUGCCUACCUGUGAGAGCCUCAAGGACACCAUUGCCCGGGCCCUGCCCUUCUGGAACGAUGAGAUAGCACCCAAGAUUAAGGCUGGCAAGAGAGUGCUUAUUGCUGCCCAUGGAAACAGCCUGCGUGGCAUUGUGAAGCAUCUGGAAGGGAUGUCAGAUCAGGCCAUCAUGGACCUGAACCUGCCCACGGGAAUCCCCAUCGUGUAUGAGCUGGACCAGGCGCUGAAGCCUACUAAGCCAAUGAGGUUCCUGGGAGAUGAAGAGACAGUUCGGAAGGCCAUGGAAGCUGUUGCCGCCCAGGGCAAGGCCAAGUGAGGGUGUACGUGGGCAAUAAAGUUCCUUCUGCACAGUGCCAAGUUUAGCAUGGCCAGA